AUGCGAGGGCUACCGGCUAGAGGACGAAGCCGGCCAAAGAAGUUAGUCCGCCAUCGCCAGCAACGUCCAGUGCGCUUGGCAACACUUAACGUUGGGACGCUUACUGGAAGAAGUCGUGAACUGGCAGACAGUCUCAGAAAACGCCGUGUUGACAUAUGCUGUGUACAGGAGACACGCUGGAAAGGCUCCAAGGCAAGGGAAUUAGGCGAUGGCUACAAGCUGAUCUACCACGGCACAUCAAAUCGCAAUGGCGUUGGUAUCAUAUUGAACGAGUCGUUUAGAAAUUGCGUCACAGCGGUGGAUCGACUAUCGGAUCGCUUGAUGGCUGUAAAAGUAGAUACAGGAGAAGUGGAAUUGCGACUCGUCUCUGCUUAUGCGCCAGGCUGUAGUGAAGAAGAGAAGGCAAGCUUUUGGGAGGAUCUGGAGCAGUACGUCCAAUCCCUGGAAAGCGAAGAAAUACUUUUAAUCGGAGGAGACUUCAACGGACAUGUCGGUUCUCGGAAAGACGGAUUCGAGAGUUGUCAUGGUGGAUACGGCUAUGGAGCUCGUAACGACGACGGGUUGCGAAUCCUGGAGUAUGCUGUUGCAAGUGACUUGAUCAUUGCUAACACGCAGUAUCGAAAAAAAAAAUCGCAUUUGAUCACGUACACCAGCGGUGGUCGUGAAACACAAAUAGAUUUCUGGAUGUUACGCCGAGGAGAUCGCCGACUUCUGCAGGAUUCAAAAGUCAUCCCUACAGACCAUGUCGCUGCCCAACACCAUCUGCUCGCUAUGGACUUGAAAAUCUCCCGUCCAAGGAAGAGACAUCCAAGGACUGAAACACAGCGCAUCAAAUGGUGGAAUCUGAAGGAUCGAAAGGAGGUAUUUUUCGCGUCCGUGGCUCCAUCUACACUUCCCCACCCUACUCGUAGUGUAGAGGAAAUGUGGUCGUCUACUUCCAGCGUUAUACGCUUGACUGCGGAAAACACUCUGGGAAAGACGACUCUAGGUAAGCCAAAGGUACGAAAGGCUACGUGGUUUUGGAACGAGGAAGUUCAGGCGGCAAUUCGUGAGAAGAAGUCCAAGUAUAAGCUCUGGUGGAGGACGCGUCAGCCUGAAGAUCGGGGUGCUUACCUAGCGGCGAAGAGGGAGGCUAAGAAAGCAGUCUCCAAGGCGAAGUCGGACCGCUACAAGGCUGUGUACGACAUGCUUGAUACCAGAGAAGGCGUGCGGGCAGUGUAUCGUUUAGUCAGAGCGCGUCAUCGCUCAACGUUGGAUAUAGAGCACACCAAGAUCGUUAAGGGAGCUGAUGGAGCCGUUCUGCGCCGCUCUGGUCAGAUCCUGGAGAGGUGGCGAGAGUACUACAAUCACUUGUGUAACGAAGAGUUCUGUCAUCCUCCCAUCCCAACCGUUCCCAGCGUUGAGGGUCCUGUUCUACCAAUUACUGCCGUCGAAGUCAGUGCUGCCCUCGCAAAAAUGAAGUCGAACAAGGCAACCGGUCCUGACAUACCUGCUGAUAUCUGGAAGCUGCUAGGAGAUCGAGGACGUUUGGCAAACUUCCGUGACCGUGCCUGGAAAGGGAAAGGAGACAUUGCUGACUGCACCUCGUACAGGCCUAUACGACUGCUCUGCCAUACAAUGAAGGUUUUUGAGCGUGUCCUGGAAGCUCGUCUGAGGAAAAUUGUUAGCGUUUCACUCAACCAGUGCGGCUUUGUGAAGGACUGCCGCACUAUAAAUGCUAUCCAUGCUGUCCGAAUCCUCCUGGAAAAACAUCGAGAGAAGAACCGCAGUGUGCAUCUUGCUUUUCUCGAUCUCGAGAAAGCUUUCGACCGUGUCCCACAUGAGCUGUUAUGGAUGUCCAUGAGGUCGCAUAGAGUACCAGAAGAAUAUGUGCGGUGGACUAAGCUACUUUAUGCGAAGCCUACCAGCGUUGUACGAUGUGCUGCUGGAACAAGCAGGCCAUUCCCUGUACAAGUAGGGGGGUUCAUCCUUCUCACCUCUGCUGUUCACACUGUGCAUGGACACGAUAACGAAGGAAAUCCAGAAGCAGCAUCCGUGGACUCUACUCUUUGCCGAUGA